AUAUUAAAUAGAUAAAUAAUAAUUUAUUUUUUAUCAUAUUUGAAAAUUUUCACAAGAAAUUGUACAAGGAAUAAUAUUUGUCCUAUAAUGUCAAAUAGUGGUUCCUUCGUAUUCGUUCGUUUAUUUUCGGAAGCGCUCGACUAGCUGGCGCGCGCUCCGUUUGUUCGCCGACGCUACAGUAUUCGUUGCGACUCCGUAAAAGUAAGACGCGUUCUCGCGGUAUCUGGCUGCUUCGUAACCGCGUCGUAACCAGAAACGCGUUCGUGAGGUGCGAGAACGCCUCAAGUAACCGUUUUUGUAACUAUUCGCGUGUACCCGGUGAAAAUUACCGACUCGUGUUAUACAUAUCCUUUCUCUGAUUGUGUGUACUUUGUACACCAGACAGCAACUGGAAGAGGAAAGAGAGGAAGUAAAAAGGGCCACAUAGGGAGAGCAGAGAAAGGAAAGACGAAAGGAUUAUAUAUUCGAACAACAUGGCCACUGCGAUCGACGACCGGCAGGAGUUGUUGGAGCAAUUUCAAGCGAUCGACGAGAAUGGGGACGGUUUCAUCAAUCUUACGGAGUUGCGAAGCGCCUUGGACAUCUGCGGCUUCAAGAUGCCCGGAUACAAGGUGCGGCAGAUGAUCGAGGAGUACGACGACAAACAGAGAUCUGAGCACAAGGGUCGAUUGUCGUUCGAGGAGUUCGAGAAACUUUGCAAGGAGUUGAAGGCGAACGAAUUGGGAUCCACGUUUAAGCAGGUGGUCUCGAAAAAGGAGAAUUUGGAAACGUUGGGAGGGAUUUCGGAAGCGUCAAGCGAGGGGACCACGCAUUCGGUUAGACUGGAGGAACAGCUCGCCUUCAGCGACUGGAUAAACACGAAUUUGUCGCACGAUCCUGACCUCAAACACCUGCUGCCAAUAGAUCCGGAAGGGAAGACCUUGUACGAGAAGGUCAAGGAUGGGAUUCUUCUUUGCAAAAUAAUCAACCACUCCUGUCCGGACACGAUCGACGAGCGAACGAUCAACAAGAAGAACCUGACGCUGUACAAGAAGCACGAGAACCUAACCCUGGCGCUCUCGUCCGCCCAAGCGAUCGGGUGCAACAUCGUGAACAUAGACGCCCACGAUCUGACGAAAGGCUCGCCCCACCUUGUGCUCGGCCUCCUCUGGCAGAUCAUUCGAAUCGGCCUGUUCAACCAGAUCACCCUCGAGAACUGUCCAGGCCUGGCCACCCUGUUGCAAGACGGGGAGCGGAUCGAGGACCUCCUCAAACUCUCUCCCGAGUCGAUCCUCCUCAGAUGGGUGAACCAUCACUUGGAGAACGCCGGUAUAGUGAGAAGGUGUCACAAUUUCCAAUCGGACAUCACCGACUCGGAGAUCUACACCUACCUCAUCAAGCAGAUCGCGCCCAACACGGCUGGCGUCACUCUCGAAGCUAUGAUGGAGCCCAACCACACCUCCCGCGCCGAGAUUAUGCUGCAACAGGCGGCCAAGCUCGGCUGCCGAAGUUUCGUGACACCGAGCGACGUGGUAAACGGCAUAUACAAGCUGAAUCUCGCCUUCGUCGCCAACAUGUUCAACAAUUACCCGGGGCUGGACAAGCCGGAGAACAACAUAGGGCUGGAAUCGCUGGAGGAGACCAGGGAGGAGAAGACCUAUCGAAACUGGAUGAACUCGAUGGGCGUGGUCCCCCACGUGAACUGGCUCUACUCUGACCUGGCAGACGGCCUGGUCAUCUUCCAACUUUACGACAUCAUCAAACCUGGCACGGUGAACUGGAACCGGGUGCACAAAAAGUUCACCAAGUUGCGCAAGUUCAUGGAGAAGUUGGAGAACUGCAAUUACGCGGUCGAGCUUGGGAAAACGAUGAAUUUCUCGUUGGUGGGGAUCGCAGGUCAGGACAUAAACGACGGCAACGCCACGUUGACCCUGGCGUUGAUCUGGCAGCUGAUGAGGUCGUACACGUUGUCGAUCCUCACGUCGCUGGCCGGCACCCAAGGAAGCACCUUGGUCGAGAAGGAGAUCGUCCAGUGGGUGAACUCGAAGCUGCAGGCGGCAGGGAAGGCGAGCGGCAUAAAGGGGUUCCAGGAUUCGUCGAUAGCCGAUGGCAAGGUGGUGAUCGACCUGAUCGACGCCAUCAAACCCGGUUCAGUGAAUUACGACCUGGUGAAGGAGGGCGGCACCGAGGAGGAGAACCUGGACAACGCGAAGUACGCGAUAUCCUUGGCCCGAAAAUGCGGGGCGCGAGUGUACGCGCUGCCGGAAGACAUAACCGAGGUGAAACCGAAGAUGGUGAUGACGGUGUUCGCCUGCCUGAUGGCGAUGGACUACAUCCCCAAUAUGGAUUCCGUGAAGCAGAAUAACGUGAUGAACAACAGUCAAUAAUAAUGGCGCGCCACGUCCGCGAAACGUCCCCGCGCGGUUUCCACGACGUGCGCGGGAGGAACUGAGUGUCGACUGAGUCGCGGCGCAUCGCCGUGUCUCUUUUAUCGAGCGUAAUAAUUUGUAUAUAAACUUAGGUUAGGGUAGGCUUGUUUUCCGAAUCGAAAGGAGCAAAAAAAGAAAAAAAAAAAGAAAAAAAGGAAAGAAAAAGCAAACAAAAAAACGGAAGAAAAUGUGUGCGUGAGAGAGAGAGAGAGGGAGAGAAAGGGAAAAAAGGAAACGAGAGAAGGGGAGGAAUCGCUUGAUAGAGAUUGAAAGCGUUUCAUGGCGGUUGAUCACUUCGUUUGGCAAACACGUUUGCCGUGAUCUUUUUGGGUUUCAGAGUAAUUAUUAGGAGAACGAAAGUGAUUUUCGUAAAGCGUGAUGAUUUUUCGUAUUUUUAUUUUUUAUUAGAUAGAGGUAGAGCGAAAGUUAGAGAAAUCGCAGGAUAAGUGAAAAAUGACGAGAUGCUUCAGAUAAUACAUAUUUUUUUCUCGCGUAGGAAAGGAAAAAUAUCUGAAUGAUUACGUCGCUUAUCGAUCAUGAGUUGUAAGUCGAGUACUUCAUCUUGUAUCUUUUGUGAUACAAGGGAUUCUCCUUCUCCGAUGUUUCAAUCGUAUCUUUGUCCCAUUCUUAAUAUUCCUAAUCGUGAUCUUUUUAAGAUUUGUAUAAAUCGAUCAAACGGUCUCUCAACUGGUAUCGAUCAGAAAGGAAGGAAAAGUCGAUACGCGAUCAGACCGGAACUCGAUGGAAACGAAAUAAUUCGCGUAUACCGGAUAUACGUGGCUUUCAAAUUGUCGAUUAUAUAUAUAUAUAUUAUAUUUACAUUCUUAAAUCAUAUUAUAUACAUUUGAAAUGUGUACAUGUAUUUGAUACUACAUACGAGUGUGAAAUUGUCAUAACUUUACAAUGGCAAUCAGUCUUCGAUCAAUCAAUCAAUCAAUCAAUGGAUCAAUUCGAAAAAUGGAAAUUCCUAGGAGAAUUACGAAUAAUGUAUUUAAUUAUAUAUAUAUAUAAGAAAAAAAAAAAAAAGAAAAAAAGAAAAAAAAAAGAAAAGAAAGCUUUCACCGCGAGAUACCAUUGUCCAAUGUUCAUCUUCAAGUUGAUCUCCGUAAAAAUAUACCCCAAUACAUUUUGUAUUUAAUAUUUCCAAAUAUUUAAUUUUAAUCGAUAUAAGUUUUAAAAAUGUUAUACGCAAUAUUUAGAUGCAUUUUAAAAGAGAAGAAAUUAGCAAUCGAAGGCAAUUAUUAUUAAAAAAAAGAAAAAAAGAGAAAAAAAUAUACUGUACAAGAAUCGAUAUUUCUUUCGUUGGUGUAAAUCUGUGACGUGUCAAGCUUACAUUUUUCGUCAUUGUACCCAAUUGUUUACGACCGUAAACAACCGUGUGUGAACCGAUUCCAACCAUCGACGAAACGAAACGAAACGAAACGAACGCACAAUGAUCAUUGUAAUCGUGCCAUUAUAAUUAAUCGAAAUCGUAAUCGCGAUUGGACGCAAUAUUUAAUCGAUCGAUUCGAGCGAAACGUACUUACGUAUCUAUUUAAAGAAAAAAAAAAAAAAAAGAAAAAAAAAGAAGAAAUAACGGAGCGCGUUUUACGCGAUCGCUCUUCCUCGAACAACCCACAUUAUACAGCGAACGAUGAAGCAACGCUUGUUCCUCUUGAUCGUGCGCGUUUCUCGCGUACGAUAUGAUUGCACGUCUGCGUACCGAUGUAUAUCUCUUAGAAUAUAUCUUAGAGUAAAACUGUCGAGAGUUGGCCACGAGGGUAUUUCUAUUAUUGGAGAGUAAACUUUCGCGCAAUGUCUACUUAAAGCAAACGUCUACUUUCGAAAAUUGUACUCUCACGUUUGCAUCUCGUGCAACAAGCGCGCGUGGCGAUGAAUUUAUUCGACGAAUCAUCCUUUCGAAAACUGAAACGAGCGAGGCGGAAAACAAAUCGACUGAACUCUUUGUCUUUGUACUCGUUUAUAUUUGUUUCUUUUUUUUUCUUUCUUUUUUUUUUAUUAAAAAUUUUACGGCGUACACAACGGCGUCACGAUCGUGUUAUAUCGAGAAGUUCGUGUAUCGAAGUUACUAGCUUCUAGACGUUUUUAGAAAUCGCGCCACGUGUUUCGAGAAUUUAUAGCGGACUUUUUAUAAAAUCGUAUACGCGUACUCAAUUAAAUUAAGAUUAAAGAAUCGUUGGAUCGAAUCGUUGCGGAGGAAGCUGGCAGGUAUUUGUAGCUUGACGUGGUAAAUUAAACGAAAGUGCAAUCCAUCGAUGCUUGGAGCAUUCUUGCACGGAAGUGAAAGAAAAAAAAAAAAAAAAGAAAAGAGGAAAAGUUUCUUAAAGGAACGAGACACGAGUUAUACGCAUUUCUUAAUUAAGAAUAAUGAUUCUUUGAUGAUGAUUAAACGAAAUCGCACGUUAAAUUGUUAUCCAUUCCACAGAUAACAUUCGUACCAGGCUGCAUUUUUAUUCUCUAAUCGGAAUGCGAAAUUGCAUUCCGUGCGUUCUGAUUGGAGACGAAUCGAAUUCGAAAUGAAGACGAAGAAGAAGAAGAUUAAAUCGAAAAAACGCCGAAGAAAUGGCGUUUAUUCUUGUGAUUUCGAAGUGUGUCGAGUAAUCUUUUAAGAGGGCCGUUUGCAAUCUGCGCAAUUUUUUAGAUUUAAGAUUAAAUCGAGGAAAAGAAAAGUUUUUGCUCUUCCCUUCCCCCCCCUCCAAAGCAAAAAUAAGAUUAGGGAAAAAAAAAGAAAGAAAGAGAGAUGCGCGCGAGAGGAAUCAUCGAUUAACUAAGUUUUCUUUCGCUGUAUAUUUGUUUUAAUCGAUUCGUCAAUCGGUAAUUUCAACUUACAAUGAUCGCUGAUUAAUUAAAAAAAAUAAAGAAAAAUGCGUACGUUCACAUAUACACGAUGCUCUGUGCGUACAUGAACGUAUGUGUGUGUGUAUGUGUGUAAGACUGUGUGUAUGUAUGGGUCACCGUAGAUAUAUAAUUUAAUGUAUCCGUAAUUUAAAUAAAAACAAAUUUAUCUAAUAA